GCCGCCGUAUUGCCAUUUAGACGCAAAGGAGAGUCGGCGCGCACCGGUCGGUGAUCUUGUUCAGGUUUUGCAGGAAGAAAAAAAAACAAAAAUGCUGCCGGGCCUGAGUCGGAAGCUGUACAAGCCGUGGGUGCUACUCUUAGUGACCUCCGGCUACAUCGUGGGCGAACUGGGCCACUAUCUGAUAGGGGUGACGUCGCGCGCCACCGCCAGGGACCUCCACUACGGCGACAAAGCGUGCCAGCUGAACGUGUCGUCCGGCGUGGGACACGGCGAGACGCCCAUCGCCUGCGGCUCCGUCCUCAACCAGACCGAGUGCGUCCGACUGCACAUGAAUGGCACCUUUUACUGCGAAUGGGACUACAACGGACUUGGUCUCGAGUACCAAAUCCUGGCAGGUCCGUCUUACAUCGCCGUAUUCACAGUGGCCGGUAUUUUCCUAGGUGUUGCCGCCGAUAGAUACAACCGCGUCAAUAUGUUAGCCGUUUGCACACUUAUCUUCAGCAUAGCAACAUUCUUCAUGGGUGCCGUUGAUCAUUACUGGGAACUGACUGUUCUACGAAUGAUUCUUGCUUUUGGUGAGGCUGGCUGCAAUCCCAUGGCGGCAGGAAUACUUUCAGAUCUGUUUGCCGAGGAAUAUCGUGGGCUUGUGAUGUCAAUCUUCAACUGGGGCAUUUACGGGGGCUACGGUAUCGCUUUCCCAGUUGGCCGAUACGUAACAGCGGCCAACAUUUGGGAUCUUGGCUGGAGGCUCAGUUAUUAUGCUGGAGGAUUCAUCGGACUGAUUCUGGCGCUCCUCACCUUCUUCACUCUGCGCGAACCUCAGCGCCAAGCCAUCGGCGAGGAGCGAAACAAUACGACCGGGGAAAAGGUGACCCUGUGGCAAGUGGUGAGCCAGCCGCGUAUGGUACUUUUGUGCCUGGCCGCGUCGAUUCGGCACAUGGGCGGCUUGUGCUUUGCCUACAACUGCGACCUGUACUACCAAACCUAUUUCCCAGAGGUCGAUCUGGGCUGGUGGCUUUUUGCGGUGACAAUUUGCAUUGGAUCGGUCGGUGUGGUUGCGGGAGGGGUGCUUUCUGACAAGGUCGUGGCCACAAUGGGGGUCAAGUCGCGUCUGGCCAUUCUCGCCCUCAGCCAGCUCAUCGCCAGCCCACUCGCCUUCGGCAGCGUUUACUUUGAGCCCUUGGGCGCCAUGAUUAGUCUCGCCUGUUCCUACAUCUUUGCCGAGAUGUGGUUUGGCAUUCUUUUCGCAAUUCUUGUCGAAAUUGUGCCUCUGGCCGUCAGGUCCACCACACUGGGUCUUUUCCUCUUUUUCAUGAACAACAUUGGAGGAAACUUGCCUGUUCUGGUGGAGCCUCUUUCAAAAUCUAUUGGAUACAGAGAGUCCCUCUGGGUGUUUUACGUUGGAGCGUACUUUCUAAGCUCAAUUCUCUUCCUCUUGACCAUGUUCCUGAUGGAGCCAAAGGUGUCCCCUAAACCAGCCUUGGAAGCACCUCCGCAACGAACCAAGGGUCUUGACAACACGGCCUUUGAAGCCGAAAGCUGCCGACUGUGAUGCCUCUCUGCCGACUCAAUAAUUGUGUACAAAUAAUUUAAAUAAAAUAAAUCAGAAAGCAAGUGUGUAUUUUUAGAGAAAAUUACUGCAG